UGUAACAUUUUCAGUGCUAUUAGUUGUUUUUAUGUAUGAAUGAAAUAUACCUGUUUCUCUCAAACAUGCUUGGCCUGGAUAGAUUUAUGGAGAAUUGAGACUGAAAGGAAGAGGGAAGGGGGAUGGGCCUUUAGUUAAUAGAAACAUAGACUAAGAGAGAUAAGUAAUAUGUAAAUAGGAAAUGUAUCCAAAUUUACCUCUGGGAGAAAGCAAGUGUGAGAGAUAGAAUAAUGGUGCAGGGAGCCUCAGGUGCAGCUGGGAUGGGAGGAGGCGGGGCAAUGAGCGAGAGGGAGAAGCUGAGGGAGAGAGAGCGAGAAAGAGGCAGGGUUCGUGUGUGUGUGUGUGUGUGUGUGUGUGUGGAAAGAGAGAGAGAGAUUGAGUGUGCAAGCUAGAGAGAUUGUGUGGAGAGGGAGGGAGGGAAGUGUAAGCCAGUCACAGCAUCUCUCCUUCUCACUGCACCAGGGCUGAGGGACUCUUCGUCCCCUCGCUUCCCUCGCUGCAGAUUUAACUCAUUUCCAUCAGCGCAGUCAUCUUUUUUUUCCCCUGCUUUUUACUUCCUGCUUUUGACAGAUGCAUUACAUUCAUCUUUUUCUGUAUGUCAGGAUCUAAGGAUUUAUUUAUUUGAAACGUGCAUUGUCCUGUUCAAUGGAAUUUAAAGGGGGAAUUCUGAAGAGGACAGUGCUUAAAACUGCGAUUUCGACUGGGACUUGGCCUUUUCUUUAUGUUGCCAGAGUGGAUUCCCCCUUUGUUGCGGUGCCGCUAUUUUGUUCAGGACGACAGACGUACUGCGAGAGGAGUUGUAGGACCCAAUACCUCGACAACUAAACGGAGCACACAUUUCAAAGGACUAAGGCAAGUUAGAGAAUAUAUGGUUACACUAAGCACUUGAGGAGAAGGUGCUAAGCUUCUCCUGCCGAUGCUUCAGAAUGUCACAGGAAAAAUGCAAGUAACAAGUUUACAGGAUUAAUAAGUGGAUUGCCGAUUGAUCCCCGCACCUCCCUCUGCAAGAGUCUGCCACAGGAUUGCUGAGGAGUCAGAGUGAGUGGAGCGCUGAGUUAUUCAGCUGGCCUCUCAUUGCUCCAAGAGAGUCCUUCCACCUGCUUGCAUGGGAGUCUGACAUUCAACGCUUUCAUCAGCUACUGGACUUUAACAUUUGUUUGUCUUUUGCGACUUGCAGUCCACAACACUGAGAGGCAAGUUUGCACAUUUUGAUUUGAAGUUUGAAUCACCUUAAUGGCAGAACUCAUCCAGACAUUUUGACGCACUUGAUUUUUACCUCAUUCUGCCGAGGGAUGCCUUGUAAACACAUAUUCCCCCCAGCGCCAUGUGUGCUGAGAGAGCUGUGACAUUAUCUCCUGCGGAGAUCCCCAUGUUUUUCUAGCCUGUGUCUGUGUUUUGAUUCAGACAAUAGCUGGGCAUACAGGGGCUCCAGACACUGACCAGAGGACCACCAAAAUAACUUACAUAGUAAACACAAUAUCACCCUGGACGGUGAAAACUUUGCAUCGAAAUGAAGGCUUGAGUCACAGUUAUGGAUGUAAUUUUUUUCUCCACACAUUGGUAUACCCCAAGAGAGACUUCUAAGAAUCUUUUUUCUUCCCAUAAGCAGUGGUUGCUUAAGAUGUAUUUUUUGAAAGGUAGCGACAUUAACUAAGUUUAAUCUGAUCUUUCAAUUUGAAACAGGAGCCAUAUGCUGCUUGCUUAUUUGAUCCCCUGUAAGGACCCAUCAAGAGAGAAGAGGAUUGUGCUCUGCUUCAUGCUUUAACCUCUUCAUUGUGUCCUCCCUCGCAUCUUCUGUGCUCUCUGCCCUUGUGAGCACAGCUUAUGCCCUCAGCCUCCUGGUGGCAACCCUCAUUAGAAUCAGGAGAUGAGGCCACAGACUGGCAGGCAAAGCAGCAGGGAAAUUCGCCUUUGGGAUAGAUGUUGGCCACAGUACUAAUGCUGCCCUGUUUUAGGUCUACUGAAGUAAUACAGCUAUUUUUUUCUCUCUCUCCUUCUGACUGUUACCCACCCACUACCUUCACUAACCAUGAGUGAUUGGAAAAGGAGAGCUAAACAGGUUGUGCUACCCUCCCAGAGGCCAUAUUGAUUUUCCUCCAGUCAGUGUUUAUUUGAUUGAGACCCAGCUAUGUGAGGGUAAGGUGAAAGAGAGAGUGAGUGUGCUAGAGAGAGUAUUGAGCUCCAUUAAUUGAGGGAGGCUGCAGACAUUUGGUGUCGAGUGGGUGGGGGGCAGACAGUUCUCCAGUUUCAGGCCAGCUGCCUUAUGGGUGGCACACUACGAACCUGACCCACCUGGAUAGCACCCAGAACAAUGAACCUAUCUGAACUGACAACAGACCCAGUGCUCACUGCCAACAGUAGCCAUGGAGGCUUCUUUCCUGGUAGGGCAUCAAACCACUCCUGUCCCUUGGGCUGGGGGCUGAACGAAGGCCUAGAGACUUGCGUCCUGGAGACGGCUGUCAUUGUACUCUUGACCGUGCUCAUUAUUGCAGGGAACCUGACUGUGAUCUUUGUGUUCCACUGUGCCCCUCUGCUACACCACUACACCACCAGCUACUUCAUCCAGACCAUGGCCUACGCUGACCUGCUGGUGGGUCUUAGCUGUCUGGUCCCCACCCUGUCUCUGCUCCACUACCCAGCAGGUGUCCAGGAGCCUGUGACAUGCCAGGUCUUCAGCUAUGUCAUCUCUGUUCUGAAAAGUGUUUCAAUGGCCUGCUUGGCUUGUAUCAGUGUAGACCGCUAUCUGGCUAUAACUAAACCACUAUCUUAUAACCAGCUGGUAACGCCAUGCCGGCUACGAGGCUGCAUCACCCUAAUCUGGGUCUAUUCCAGUCUGGUUUUCUUGCCCUCCUUCUUUGGGUGGGGUAAGCCAGGUUAUCAUGGAGACAUUUUUGAGUGGUGCGCUCACUCUUGGCCCACCUCUGCCCUCUUUACAGGCUUUGUGGUGUGUUUGCUCUAUGCACCUGCUGCCCUUGUGGUUUGCUUUACCUAUUAUCACAUCUUUCGCAUUUGCCAGCAGCACAACAGGGAGAUCAGUGAACGACGGGCACGUUUCCCCAGCCAGGAGAUGGAAGCUGGUGAGGGGGGUGGCAGUGGACAUCACGGAGGGCACGGACCAGAUCGACGCUAUGCGAUGGUGCUUUUCCGCAUCACCAGUGUUUUCUAUAUGCUUUGGCUGCCCUACAUAAUCUAUUUCCUGCUAGAGAGCUCCCAUGUGCUGGAUAGCCCUGCCCUCUCCUUCAUCACCACCUGGCUGGCCAUCAGCAACAGCUUUUGCAACUGUGUCAUCUACAGUCUGUCUAAUAGUGUGUUCCGUCUGGGCAUGCGUAGGCUCUCGCAGACGAUGUGCUCCUUCAGCCACUGUGCAGCAGAUGACAGGGACUUUGGGGAGCCUAAACCAAGGAAGAGGGCAAACUCGUGCUCCAUCUGAAGGGGUGACUUUUAAGGACCCUCCUGGAAGUUCCGAAUGGGGAAACAUGAAUCUUAACAAGAUUAGCAGCUAGUUAACUUUCAUUUAAAUUGUCUGAGAUUAACCAAACAGAAAACACUUUCUGUCAGCUGAUACCAGUGACACUGCCGUGGUCACAAUAAAUGAUCGGUUACUGCUUUGGAAGCUUUUCAAGGCUAUGGUGCAGUGACUGAACAGAAAGGUUUAAUGAGAUGAUUGCUCUGUAAUGGCUUUUAUUGUAUGGUAUAUGACUUAGCUGUGGAUCACACACACAAGUCCUCCUGUGACAUUUCUAGCCUUUACAGCUCUCUGUAUUUCAUGAGUCAUGUCAGACAUAGUGGUGAGGCAAACCUGUAAACUCCAAAAGAUUCACAAAUAUUUCCUCAGACGUCAAAUUUGAACACACAAUUUCAUGCCUGUCAAAUUUUGUUAGUGGAUGUGAAAUGGAUUGACCUCAUGUUCGAUGUCUCCAUACUUGCUGUAACUGUCAUUAGCAGAGACAAGGUAACGUAUACUUACUUGUGCUCACAAACAUGUUUAGGGUUAAAUGGAUAUUUGACUUUUUGACAGUAUAAACAUUAGAUAGUUUCAAGAUAGAAACACUGACGACAGCCUUUAAGCUGCUGAUAAAUAGCAUAUGACGUAUGGCCUUGACUGUUUUUAGAGGAGUGAGUGAGUCCAUUUCUGCUGAAGUGUUUUGUGUUGAGUCUGUGAACACAAUGUGGGCAGGUGAACUGGAGAGAGAUGUGGAAAAAAAAGAAAAGCUGUAAUGAUGUCCUGGUCAAUGAUGUCCUGUUCUGUCACAUUUUUCUUCUCUCGAUAGAGUGAUUGGCCAGUUACCAAUCUGAAAAUUGGUUGAGAUUUUUUCUCAGAUCCUCUGCAAAACAUGGUACAUCAUGUAACAGUGCACAACAAUCUUAAAUGGCAAGAGUCCAGUAUAGCACUGUGUAUAUAGUUAAACAAAACAUACUUCUACAUCACAGUAUUGCAUAAAGGCCUGUAAAAGUAUCUUAAAAAAAUCACCUGACUAAACAUGGUUAUUUACCGAUAAUUUAUAUGGACAAAUUUUAAACACCUUUCACUGUGGGACCUUUUAUCAGAUUUUCAACAGAUGACAUGCUGCUUCUAUUAUUAUUUACUAUAUUUCCUAUUAUUAUUUAAAUAUUCACUGAAUUUGGAUGGUCAACAAUUGAUUGGCAGACCCCUACUAAAAAGCACCUUAUUUCCUGAACUCAAAGGGAUGUGUCUGGUUGACACUGAGGCCUCUGUAUUGAGAGCAGUGAACUGAUGCUCUCAGCAGAUAACUAUCCAGCAGUUUUGGGUUUUUUUCCCAGAUCCCCUCUCGCAUUUAUGAAAUGGCCCAUCGGCUCCAAUAUUUCCACCUUUGGCGUGGCAUUCCUGAUAUGGCUGUGUUAGGAAUAUUCUGCUAACAGUUUGAUGCAUGAGCACUCACGACAGCCAUUUCUUACAAGCAAAUACAUAUUGCAUCCCUCUUGCGCUGUAUAUGGAGUGCUGUGUAUACUGGAUAGUAUACAAAUGUAACUGUCAAUUUCAGAUGUUUAAUUUGAAAUAUUUUACUUUACAAACAAACUGAGCUGUCUUGAGAAAAAUGCGAUAGCAGUGGCAGAGUACAGUUGUGCUCUGGUUUUGGCUGUUUUGCAUCAGCAGCUGUUUUCUUUCUUAGAGAUAAUGAUGGAUUUUAUAUCGGCAGCAGUGGACAGGGGCUUGGGUUAAUGUGAUCUGAUCCGUCUGGAGGUCGUUGUGAGGUUAAAUCUCAUCUGAUCUGAAAUUACAUGCUUAGUUGUGAUAAAAGUUAAAGGCUAUCAGUAGCUUCUCUUGAGGUAGUUUGUUAAACUACGACCCAGACAAUCCUCAUUACUUUUAAUUUGUUCCACUCUCUUUCAUCUGUAGAAAACCUGUGGCCCUCAAACUACAGGCCUAAAUGUCUCACAGACUGCUAAGUGCUUUUGUGAAAGAACAGAAUACUUAGUGUAUACUUCUCACAGGGUCAACCUUAACAGGGAAUCACACUGUAAAUUUAGGUGGUGGAAGGGGAGAUAAUAACAUUGAAUUUAUAACUGGGCUUGUCGAAUUUUCCAUGAUGUUUGUGGCCAAGCAGCAGAUGGAGUCCUUAAUGGACUGUGUGGAUUCGAGAAUGGUUGUUAACUUGAUUCCACUAAAAUAUUACAGUUCUUUUGUUAUUUAACUGUGCACAUUCCAGCUCUGUAAAAUCUGAAGACUGUUCCCUAGUGUGGGGCUUUUGAUAUACAAAGUGCAGAUGACGCCUGUUGUGAGGGAACCUGCAGACUGCCUUUAGUUAUGAUUCUCAUCCUUUGCCUCAUUACAGUAGUAAAGUCAUUCCGGUCAGUUUACCUUGUACAUUCCCUUGAUCGUGAUCAGUGUCAAAGCCUAAUUCAUUUUACAUGAAUACAGCCGUGUAAUAUGGCCAGUGACUGAUACUGAUAUCUCGAUUUGCUCAUUUACUAGUGUCACCUGUGGUUUAGGCCUUGCUCGUGGUGUAUGGAUGUCCAUGCUAGAAACCAAGUGACAGAGCAAACACAGUCCAUUGAUAUUGUAACUGCAUUCGUUGCUGCUUAACAGUACUCUGUGUAAGUCAUUCCUCAGUUUUAAAGCUGCAUGAAGUGAAUUUUGACUACUAGGGGUAGAAAGACUCUAAUAUCAUAUGGCUUUAGAUUAUUACAUUUUAGUGGCAUGUUAAUAAGCAAUUUGCUAUUUACAUAUUCAGCAGAAACAGAUCAACAUUAACUUUUAUUUCCAGCGUCUUUCAUGGCCACCUGAUGAAUGUAAGUGCAAUGUUGUUUUUCAAGGCAAGGUUCGGUUAAAAAAGAAAAACAAGCAAACAGAAAACAACCUUAGCUACAGGAACAUAAAGCUAUAGAGCUGCAGUAAAGUGGGUGUUGAUUAUUUGUGGGACUGUUGACAUUGAUCACCCUUUAACAUGAUAAAAGAGUUCUUUGAUUUAACAGUAGAAUAAAAAAUAUUGCUUUAUGCAGCUUUAAUGCAUUACAGAUUGUUCUGUAUAUGUGCCUAAAGAUGUAUUUUGUAGGAAAAGUGGAAAAAAAAAAUAAAAGAUGUUCAGAAGUAA